AUGAAGGUUAGCUCCACAGAGGCCAUCCUUAUUGGAUGCCCCUUGCUUCUGCAACUUUGGUCCUACGAGCGCUUUCCAGUGGGUCGGCCAUGCACGGACGUCGGGCUGUACCGUGAGGUGGCUGCGGACCACGACGGCAUUAAUAGGCCCAUGAUGGGGUCUUUGUGGUGUCUCCGAAAGCCUACUUGGGUUGAAUUCCAGAUGAAGAAAUCGUACCCAAACUUUGUCAGCCAGUUCGAUGCUCUGGUCGACCGGGACAUUAGGUGGAUGCCUUACACCUUGGACGAGAUCCACGCUCGUGCACCGCAGGGGCUGUCUUCUUUGUGGCUUCGGGACCAGGCGUACUGGAUGACUAGGAAGCCACUUGUCUACGACAUCCACAUGGAGGAGUAUGUCGUGCAUCGCGUGAUGAGGCAGUUCUAUCGUUACCAGAUCUUGCCAUUGCUGGUUACGCACAACAUGGAGGCUCACGUGCAUAGGUAA